GCUACAGCUAGAACCAUAGGAACUGGGCGAGGGAGCCAGCCGAGGCCGGGCGAUGUCUGCGUGGGGAGCUGUGAGCUAGACAGGGCACGAGGGAAGGCGAAGGCGCUAGGAGAGGGCGGCGGGCAGAGCAGGGAGGACGGGAGAGAGAAACUGACGGAGGUCACAAGAAGGGGAAAAGCAGCGGGUCCGAGGCCGGGACGCUAGGAGCAGGGCGGGGUGAGGAGGCCCUCGGUGGCCAUGGAUUCCCUGUGCCCUCCCGAGAGCAUUUAUAAUCUCAUCCCCUGCGACACGAAGAUCCCUCCCAAGCCCGCUAGAUAUGUAUCAAUGUUUAAGUCAACUGUGAAAAAUGAAUUACAAAAAGGGAAAGCUGCAUGGAAAACCAUGGGGCCAGCAAAAGUUGAGGUACCUUCCCCAAAAGACUUUCUGCAGAAACCUGUAAAAGCACCAAAGCCACCACCCAGUGAAAAAAAGCUCGAUAAGAUUCCACCAAAAAAACCUCCUGUGCCACUGAGGACUGAUCAUCCAAUUAUGGGAAUUCAAAGUGGAAAAAACUUCAUAAACACAAAUGCAGCUGAUGUCAUUAUGGGGGUGGCCAAGAAGCCUAAACCCAUUUAUGUUGACAGAAGAACUGGAGACAGACAUGGCCUGGAACUUUCAGGACUUGUUCCAAAAUACAUCAACAAAAAGGAUUAUGGCACUAUUCCUGAAUAUAUAUGUAAGCGAAAUGAAGAAGUGAAAAAAAUGCAAGAAGAAUAUGAUAACUAUGUGCAGGCAAAUCUGAAGAAGGCAGCCAUGAAACGUCUCUCUGAUGAGGAGAGGGAUUCAGUGCUUCAAGGCCUGAAAAAAAACUGGGAAGAGGUACAUAAGGAAUUCCAAUCCCUUUCUGUAUUUAUCGACUCCCUACCAAAAAAGAUCCGCAAGCAAAAACUGGAAGCAGAGAUGAAACAAUUGGAACAUGACAUUGGUGUAAUUGAAAAGCAUAAAAUCAUCUAUAUUGCCAAUAAGUAAUGAAGAAUUGGUAGAAUAUAAUUGUCUUAAGUCAGAAGAGCACAAGAUGGAAAAAAAUAAAAUGAAAUGGUAACUUGCUACUCAAAGGAAGAACAACAGUAUUAAAAGAAUAAAGCCGUAUACUUAAAAUAAUUAUUCUUAAGUAAUAUAUAAAGAAUAAUGUGAGUUGUUCACUUUUAUGAAAUUUUUUUACCAGUGUGAAAAUUUCCAAAUAUGAGCAAAUUAAAUUUCGAUGUUCUUUGUA